AUGCCUGUUGAAUUUUACAACCGAAACUGCGUUUCAUUUGGAGAAAGCUACAUGGAUAUGGUGACGCUUCAGUCCUGGGAACCUCAAAAAUGGGGUAUUUUCUUUGGACAUGAGCGGUUUGGGUGUUGUUACAGAUCUUAUAGCAGUCGGUUUAAAGAUCAAGUUAAUCAAGUUACUUUACAGAAGCGGGGAUCUGAUGAGCUUCUUUCUUCUGCUAUCACCAACGGGCCUUUUACCAUGAGCAGUUCGACUCCAACUACAGCUAAUGGGAAUGACAGCAAGAAAUUUAAAGGAGAUAGAUCUCCCUGCUCUCCUUCUCGUGUUCUCCAUCUUCGUAAAAUUCCAAAUGACGUUACUGAAACAGAGGUCAUAUCAUUAGGUCUACCAUUUGGCAAAGUAACCAAUCUCUUGAUGUUGAAAGGAAAAAGCCAGGCAUUCUUAGAAAUGGCUUCUGAGGAAGCUGCUGUUACUAUGGUGAACUACUACACUCCAGUUACUCCUCACCUCCGAAGUCAGCCUGUUUUUAUUCAGUAUUCUAAUCACAGAGAACUUAAGACUGACAAUCUACCUAAUCAAGCUAGAGCUCAAGCUGCAUUGCAAGCAGUGAAUGCUGUCCAGUCUGGAAGUCUGGCUCUUACUACAGCCCCAGGCAAUGAAGGUGGAGUUCUUCCUGGGCAAAGCCCUGUUCUUCGAAUAAUUGUGGAAAACCUCUUUUACCCUGUCACUCUUGAAGUACUCUACCAGAUUUUUUCCAAGUUUGGAACAGUCUUGAGGAUUAUCACAUUUACAAAGAACAAUCAAUUUCAGGCCUUGCUUCAGUAUGCUGACCCACUGAAUGCACAUUAUGCCAAAAUGGCUCUGGAUGGCCAGAAUAUCUAUAAUGCAUGCUGCACUCUGCGUAUUGACUUCUCCAAGUUAACCAGCCUUAAUGUGAAGUAUAAUAAUGACAAAAGCAGAGAUUUCACUCGCCUUGACCUUCCUUCUGGUGAUGGCCAACCAUCCCUCGAUCCUACUAUGGCUGCUGCUUUUGGUGCACCUGGUAUAAUUUCUUCACCGUAUGCAGGGGCUGCUGGAUUUGCCCCAGCCAUUGGAUUUCCUCAAGCUACAGGUCUUUCAGUUCCAGCUGUUCCUGGAGCUCUUGGUCCUUUAACCAUUACAACCUCUGCUGUCACUGGAAGGAUGGCAAUUCCUGGGGUUCCUGGUGUACCCGGAAAUUCUGUUCUGCUUGUCAGCAACCUCAAUCCUGAUGCUAUCACACCACAUGGACUCUUUAUCCUGUUUGGGGUGUAUGGUGAUGUACAGCGUGUGAAGAUUAUGUUUAAUAAGAAAGAAAAUGCCUUGGUUCAGAUGGCAGAUGCAAAUCAAGCUCAACUAGCCAUGAACCACCUGAGUGGACAGAGACUUUAUGGAAAGGUGCUUCGUGCGACUCUAUCAAAACAUCAGUUAGUCCAGCUUCCUCGUGAGGGCCAAGAAGACCAAGGUUUGACUAAGGAUUUUAGCAAUAGUCCUUUACAUCGUUUUAAGAAGCCUGGAUCUAAGAACUUCCAGAAUAUCUAUCCACCGUCUGCUACCCUACAUCUUUCAAACAUCCCACCUUCAGUUAUGGUUGAUGAUCUGAAGAAUCUAUUUACAGAAGCUGGAUGUACAGUUAAAGCCUUCAAAUUCUUCCAGAAAGAUCGCAAAAUGGCACUCAUUCAGUUGGGAUCUGUGGAGGAAGCAAUUCAGGCACUUAUUGAGCUUCAUAACCAUGAUCUUGGAGAAAACCACCACCUCAGAGUCUCCUUCUCGAAAUCAACAAUUUGAUUUUUCUGUGAACUUUCCUUCUAAGACUGGACCACAAUUUCAGUAAAACCUUCAGACAGAGACUGAAGCAGCUUAAGAAGAAUUCUGCCUCUUUUACAAAAUAAUGAGUUUAAACUCUUGCUGAGUUUGAUGUUUGAGUGUAUUCAUACACAGUAAAGAAUCAAGGGAUUA